UGUCAUCCAGUCCUUCGAUGUUUCGGGAUCCGGCGAUGCGACCCGGUCGCGGCGGUUAGAAACGCGUUCGCAAACGCGACUCGACGCAUCUGCCUUGCUACGUCGAUGCCGACUGAACGACUCCCCAAAUACUCAUCACGAUUUGGUAGAGCAAAGACCAGUACCUUUGAAAAUGUGACGACCUCCAUCGCGGCCAGCGUCUGGCGCUUAGGCACGGACCGCCCCAGUCGCAACGGUGAACGCCCAUCCAACGCUUCGCGCCACCCAAUACUUCCUUUCUGGACUCUUUACUUGUUUUGUUAUUCCAUUAAUGCGACGAAACCGUACCUUUUUGCACAGUGUGCAAAGAUCCUCAGCAUAAUUUCCACCAGGCACUAGCCGUUCGCUCCGCUGGCAUAGCACUGGCCAGGAAGCUCCAGCAGCAUCGCGGCGCAGUCGUGUAGGAUCCCGUUUGCCGUGUGGAGGCCCUACGAUACCUUGGCUUAUUGAGAUGAUCUGGCAGCUUAUAGUUGCAAGCUGCUGGUUGCCUA